AUGUCGUUAAUCGGCUUAGUUAGGAAAAUAUCUGAAUAUCUUUCCGAGGAAAACUUAUUUGUAAGGAAAUUCAGGACAAUUUUUUGUGUCGAUUUUGAAGUGUUAUUGGAUAUUAGAUUGCGACAAGAAAAAAAGGGGAGAAAAAAAUGUUUUGUUGUUAUUUAUUAUAAAUCUCAUAUGAAUGAAUGA